AUGAAGUCGUCCACUGCUACGUCCAGGGGUGUGGGCUCCAAACACAAGACGUCGUUGUCUGUGAGGUUGAGGGGGAAGAGGCUCCGGGCCCACGUGGGAGGGACGGUGAAAGCCCACGAGCAGCGUGGCUGGCAGCCAGGGUCUUCCUCCCACCCUACUGCCCCCGCACGCACCGCCGAGGCCUUCCUGCUCCCCGGAAACGACACGGGCCCGGAUCCCGAAGCCUACGGCGCCCCGUGCGCGCGCGGUUCGCAGCCCUGGCACGUCUCCCUUUUCAACGGCCUGUCGUUCCACUGUGCCGGCGUCCUGGUGGACCGGAGCUGGGUGCUUACGGCUGCGCACUGCCAGAACAACAAGAGGCCACUGUGGGCUCGAGUUGGGGACGACCACCUACUGCUGCUCCAGGGCGAGCAGCUCCGCCGGACCACCCGCGCCAUCAUCCACCCCAAGUACCGCCAGAGCUCAGGCCCCAUCCUGCCACGGCGCACGGAUGAGCACGACCUCAUGCUGCUGAAGCUGGCCAAGCCGGCGGUGCUGGGGCCCCGUGUCAAGACCCUGCAGCUGCCUUCCCGUUGUGCCCAGCCCGGAGACCAGUGCCAGGUUGCAGGCUGGGGUACCACGUCCACCCGAAGAGUCAAGUACAACAGGGGUUUGAGCUGCUCCACGGUCAGUCUCCUGAGCCAUAGAGAGUGUGACGUCUUCUACCCUGGCGUGGUCACCAGCAGCAUGAUGUGUGCCGGACUGUCCCAGGGUCAGGACCCUUGCCAGAGUGACUCCGGCGGCCCCCUGGUGUGUGACGAGACCCUGCAGGGCAUCCUCUCAUGGGGUGUCUACCCCUGCGGCUCCGCCCAGCACCCAGCAGUCUACACCCAGAUCUGUAAAUACACCUCCUGGAUCGAGAGGAACAUCCGUACCAGCUGAGCCCGACAGCUGGAGACCCCUUUGCCACCCACCCUCUUCCUCCCCAGUCAGCGGGAUGCCCCUCCUGUGCUGCC